UAAAAAGACGGCGGGGACCGCGAGCUGUAUUUCCUCAGGUCCGCGAGCGCGAUGGUGCGAACUAAAGCUGACGCGGUUCCCGGCGCUUACAGGAAAGCUGUUGCUGCUUCUGCGCCCCGGAAGUCCCUCGGCGCGUCCGGAUCCGUGAGCGCGCACAGCAGCGGCGCGCAGUCGGGCACGCCGGCUAAGAGUAAGUAUGCCGGCGGGAACCCCGUGUGUCCGCGGCCCACACCCCUGUGGCAGAAGGGCAUUGGGGACUUCUUCGGCGGCCCCAGCAGGAAGGAGAACCUUCAUCCCGUGUCUGAUGAUGAUGAGGAGGAGGAGGAGGCUGGCGGCAGCGGCGUCACUAAAGUGCCCAGGAAGUCCAGACCAAUCAUUGACGACGAGGAGGAGGAGGAAUAAUUCAUGAUCCUCUGUUUACAUGUUUCAAUGACUCCUGAUGAUUUAGUGUAAAUCUUUGUAAAUACUUUUAAUAGGAUGUUCCGUGUGUGUUGUACAGAGGUUUAAUAAAAUGAUUUUUCAGA